AAUAUAAAACACAAGAAUCGAGGUUUACAAGAGCUUGGGGCAAUUUAACUUACAUUUUUCUCCCUCUCCUCGGCCCUGACUCCAGCCAUGGCGGGGAACGCUUCGUGUCUGAGGAUAGCCGUUGCUGAUGACCGCCUCUUCUUAAUCGUGAGCAAAGGACCGCCUUACAAAAUCACUGGCGUUUUGGUCGAGAUCAUGGCAAUCAUUGCUAAUUACAUGGGCGUCUGCUACGAAUGGGUUGUACCAAAGGACGGGUUGUACGGGUACAUGCUUCCCAACGGGACUUGGACAGGCAUGCUUGGCCUUGUGAACAGGUCGGAAGCUGACAUGGCGGGGAUCAUCUCCAUCACGUCACGGUACAAGCAGGCGGUGGACGUGAGUGAACCGUUGUACAUGGACGAGUACGGGGUAAUGCACAAGAGACCGGUUCUGCAGUCCGACAUUUUGGGGUUCUACAAGCCGUUUACGUCGCUGAUGUGGGUGACGCUGCUCCUGUGUGUCCUGGCGACGACGGCGGUGACGGCGGCCAUCCUGCACUGGGAGUCGGUCUUCUCGCGUCCAGGAGGAAACCGCGGCGAUAAACAACGAAACAACUUCCUGUCGUCUUGCGCAAAGUCAAUCCACUGGAAUUUCUCGCAUUUGCUAAGCCAAGCCGUGUGGUGGGCACCGACCGGCAACCCGGGCCGAGUAGUGGGCGGGAUCUGGCUCGUCUCCGCCCUCAUCCUCACCACCGUCUACCGCUCGAACCUCAAGGCCAUGCUCAUCAUGCCGCGGAUCGUGCUGCCCUUUGACAACCUGAAGGAGCUGUCCGAGUCCAACAUCGUCAUGUACGUGACCAAAGGGAACUAUUUCCAUGACUAUGUGAUGCAAGCCCCAUCGGAUAGCGUCGUGGGUUCGCUAAGGAAGCAAGUCGACGCCCACGAAAACAUCCCACGGGCGAUCGCCGAGAUCGUGGGCGGUCAGGUCGCGGGCGCCGGACCCAUGGCUAAUAUCGCCGUUGUGAUGCACGAGUUCUUCUCUAAGACUGGUUCUUGUCCGCUAUAUGUAAUGUCAGAGACCUUCAUGAAGAGCACCAGCAGAAGCAUCGCGAUUCGGAAAGGAGCCGAAUUCAAGCCUAAAGUGGACCGAGCGAUUCGCGGGUUAAAAGAAUUUGGGAUUCUGGACCACCUGCUGCAGAAGGCCCUCGUGAAUGCUACCGAGUGUUUAAAGCCCGUGACCUUUAACCUGGGCUCUGAGAGUCUUCGUACGCUUGACCUUGGUGACUUCUACGGGGUUUUUGCUAUCUAUGCUGGUGGUGUUUUUUUGGGCUGCGCAACUUUCAUAAUAGAGGUAUGCACGUCCCUGGCGAAGAAGAAACAAGGAGAGUAAGAGGCACAAUGACCAGGAUAGACAACUCAGAACUUGCCGGCUUGGUUCACUGAAAACCUUACAUAGCAUAUAUAUCCCUAUGUAACGUACGUCGUAGAUCCCAACACUAAUGUAAAAAAAGUCCACAUGAUUGAGCUGUGUUCUUGCCUGGCUCUGUCGGUCAUAAGACAUUGUUUGCGGGUUCACUUAUAUCAUUGUCACGCGCUUCUGCCCGUUCAAAACCGGGACAGAAGUGAGGGGAAUUAUACCCUAGACGUGAGCAGUUUGACGAACAAAAUACUCAGCAACAAUGACAUCGAAUCUAGACUAGUAAUCUCUGGGUGGGCGGCGGAAAUUGACGCGGCUUUUAACGAUUGGUCGGAAACAGAAAUAGGCGUACGUGCCUUUCGACGAUUUCUAUGGUAAGAAAAUCACUGUAGCGCCUCCCUUAGACACUUACAUAACUGCUGUUUCGUUCUCUGGUGAACUGGUUCAAGUUCUAGGACGAACACAAUGUUGUUGCUGUUACCCAACCACCUCAUUGCUUGUGGCCGUGGACUCAGCUUGAACAUGUGGACGAGGCUUAAACCAUAUCAUACAUAAGCACAAUGUGUGUGGAAUGCUGUAGUACAGUACCACUGGAUUUGACAGAUAUAUGAUUAUGCAGAAUGGUGGUUAAUGGUUAAAAGCGAAAUAAAUGUGCUAGACAUCUAAGGUCAUAUAGCACUAUAGGAAGGUAUAGUAA